AUGUCGUAUUGCUCAUCUGAAGAGCAUACACCGAUCUCGCGAUCCCGUAAAUCGUCAUGGCUGAUUUCGAAAAUCGAUGAGAACGAGGUUGAUAAGGAGAUACAAGAGAUGAUGGACGAGUGGAGACGUAGAGAUGCAGAGAAGAGCCACGUGGAUUUGAUACAGGCGGCAUUGAAUUACUGUAGAGGGCAGCUGAAAGAGUUGUUGGUGGAUGGAGAGGGGGAGGAGGAGGAAGGGAAGAGCAAGCCGAUCGACAUAAUCUCACCGGAACACGAGGAACGAGACGUACUCGGGAAUCUGGUCAACUGUCUUGACCGACAACAAAAAGCCGCCCGCCAACAAAUGUAUUUCGACAAAAUUGUGCAGUUGGGGCUGGAGAGACAGGCGUUACAGGAUGAAUCUGGAGAGCCCACACACUCGACUGACGAGUGUCGUGCCGAGGGACAUGAAUUCGUGAUGCAACCGGUUCGUGGAGGACACAAUCCGUGUUGUGAGGUGUGCAUGCACACGAUAUGGCGACUCGUGCAGUGGUGGAGACGGUGUAGAGUUUGCGGAAUGCGGGCCCACGACAAAUGUGCCGAAGACGUCAAACGUGUGUGUGCAGGCGUCCUCUCCACUCGCUCCAAAUUCGAGCUCAAUAUCAAUUUAUGUGAGGAACGGAGUCUGGCAGAACAAGAGUAUCAGUGUGCCGAGUGCUCUGCACCAAUCUGUUUCGAUGGUACCAGUGAACAGGAAGCACGUCUUUGUGACUAUUCCGGAGAACUAUUCUGCCCAAAUUGUCAUUGGAAUGACACGUGGAGCAUUCCGGCAAGAAUCAUUCAUAAUUUGGAUGCCACCCCAAGACCCAUUUGUCGGGCUGUCAAACAGCUAUUGUCGAUUGUGGACCAUCGACCAUUGAUUGAUAUUAACGAGUCGACAUUAUCACUGAUUAAAUUUCAUAAGGAACUCCGCCGUGUCAACGAGCUUCGUCGCAAUUUCCUCCUGAUGAAGUGCUACUUUGUUAGCUGCCGUACCGCCCGCCGCCUGCGAAUCCUACAGUACCUCCAGUCGCACUCUCAUUUCGUUGAUAACGCUGUGAUGUAUUCAUUGAAAGAGCUCCGGGAGCUGUGUGAAGGGAAACUGCUUCCCGAACUCGAGCAGAUUCAUACAGUGUUCAGAAAACAUAUUGAGGAGGAAUGCGAGACCUGCGCUGGAAAUGGAUUCUUCUGCGAACUCUGCGACGAUGUGGAGAGUCAAGAGAAUCCCAAGGACAAGGUUUUGUAUCCAUUCACCGAGAAUACAAGAUCCUGUGCCACGUGUCUUGCGGUGUACCAUAAGAAAUGUUUCGAGAGGAAGAGUCUAAAUUGUCCUAGAUGCGAACGUCGCCGUCGACGAAGUGAAAUUCCGAAGACGUUGACCACCAGCAGCAGCAGUGAUGAGAAAGAGACAGCGGCGGGGAUUUGA